UCUAGACGCUGGGACUAAAAGCGCUGCAUUGUGGGAGUAGAGGGAAGAGCUUUUGUGUAGGAAAAGGAAGUUCUGUUGAGUCUAUUAAUGUUAUUAUUGAAAAGAUUGUUUUAUGGUGCUUUUUGAAAGAGUUACAUGAAUGGGCGAGUGAUGAAAAUGGAAGGGAAUAAUGAGCCCAUAACAUUUGAAGAUGUUGCAGUCUCGUUUUUAAAGGAAGAAUGGAAUGUUUUAAAGCAGUCUGAUAAGGAGCUAUACAGAGAUGUGAUGAGGGAAAAUUAUGAAACCUUGACUUCACUGGGUUUUGAUGCACCAGAACACUAUGUGACAACACUUGUGAAAGGGGAAGAAAAUCUGCGUGAGUCACUGAGCAGGAAAGAGAUUGUGUAUCGCAGCCCUCCAGAAGAAGAUACAUUCGCAAGGUCUGUGACAUUUGAAGAUGUUGCUGUCUCAUUCCUGAAAGAUGAAUGGAACAUUUUAAAGCAGUCUGAAAAGGAACUGUACAGAGAUGUAAUGAGAGAAAACUAUGAAACUGUGACUUCACUUGAAUAUGUGCAUAACUUGAUGCAAAUGGAAGAGGAAAAAAAUAUUGGAAUCUCGGGCGAAGCUUUGAGUACUUUCAAAUCACCGUCACAACUGCCGAUAGAUUUCUUCUCCAGCCAUCCUGAGAAAUCUGUUUUAACAGAUAAUCCUGUAUCAACUUGUAUAAAAUAAGUAGUGCCAAGGCAGAGAAGUACAACAGCUAUCAGUAAGGUGCUGUGAAGGCUGCUCAGUUUCCUUUUGGUGUGUAGUACACCAGAGUGCCAUUAAAGUUCUCCUUAGUAUUUUUAAGAAGGCAGUGUGUUUUUCAACAAUGUGAUAUGCAGUGCUACCUUAGAAAUGUUCUGAUACUCAGGUACUAUUUAUCAAAUAUGCACACCUCUCCCAGGUAGUCACAACCUAUCAUCAUUGUCUGUUAAUAUUUGAACCUUCCUUGUUGCACUUUGGCAAGUACACUAAAUGAGCAAAAUAAAGAACAUUUGUAUGUGUUAUUUUUUGUGUUUUAAGAAAACUGUUAAAACAUUUUCAUUAUUUAAAUAUUCUUGCGACACACUGCCCCUGCUUAUAACCUGAACAGUGGAAUACUUGAAAAAUGUUUAAUAGUUCAUUGAAUUAAACCAUUCAUUUGUAAUACA